CCAAAAUUUAUAAUCCGCAAAAAUUCAUAAAAUGGAUUCAGAAAAUGAAGGCGAAGGCUAUGCAUGGGAGGUAGGAAUCAAGAAAGAUGUCAUUGACAUGCUUACAAAGGAAGAGAACAUCAAUAUCGCUUCCGAUGUUGAUAUGGUUAGGAAGUUUGAAAGGAAGCAAUACAUGGAUAAGAUGAAAGCAAACUCUCAAACAAAAUCAAUGAUCAGGUAUUUAUCCAUAGUAAUAGAUCUCUCCUCUUCUAUGAAGAAUACUGAUAUGAAGCCUACUAGACUGGCAGUUACGAAAGUUCAUCUGAUGAAGUUUAUUGCAAACUACUUUGAUCAAAAUCCUUUAAGCUUAGUCAGCGUGCUUGGAACGGGAAAUGGCAGAGCAAACCUCAUUUCUGAUUACUUCUCAUCUCCAAAUGAUCAUUGUGAUAAGUUAAAAGAAGCUGAGGUACAAGAAGGAGAUCCUUCUGUCCAAAAUGCAUUAGAGUUGUCCAUGGCACAGUUCAAAGAGGUACCAAGAUACGCCUUUAAAGAAGUUUUGAUCAUUUACAGUAGCAUGAUAACUUGUGAUCCUGGAAAUGUCUUUGAAACAAUAGAUUUGCUCAAGGAAAAUGGCAUUAGAGUAUCAAUAAUCUCUCUAUCAGCAGCUGUUUUUAUCCUUCAAAAAAUUUGUAGUGAAACAUCUGGAGAAUUUAGUGUGGCGAAAGAUAACACUCAUUUUGAAGAACUGCUACAAAGGAACUUGCUUCCUAAAGUUAGCCUAUCCAUCUCUGAAGAGAAGGAUACUUUGUUAGUAAAAAUGGGAUUCCCUAAGAAGAACAUUGUCUCACAACCAGUCAUUUGUUCCUGACAUAAAUUACUCAACUGAGUUGUGUUUGAGUGACCAAAGUGAAAAUCGUACCAAUGAGACGUCCCCUCUUUCUGAAAAGUUUGCGGUCUUAUGCUCGCAAGUAGUGCUCAUCUGACUAGGACAGCCCAGCACAAUAAUCCGGUAGACAAUUUCAAAAUCGCAGAUGAUUUAAGUGAUACUAAAAUUACCUUCCAUAAAGAAGGUGAUGGGGACCAUAUAAUGAUUGAAAAUCAAGAAAUCCCUCCAGAUUUCAUUACUUGUAAGGGCUGUGAGAAGCAAUGAAACACCAAGGACUUCAAAUACAUCAGCAUUUGCCCAAAAUGCAAUAGCUACUUCUGUCUAGACUGUGAUAUAUUCAUCCACGAGACUCUGCUAAGCUGUCCAAUGUGAGAUUAGUUUCAAUAAAAUUAACCGA